GAUUAUGUAGUAGUCUCACUGACUCUCAUUCACCAGUGCUAUUCAGUCUCUUAGUCAGCAAACGACGAUUGCAUUCCGGGUCAUGAAAGUUUAAGAAAUCACGUCGCUCGAAGCAUAAUUGUUUACGUGUUCUCGAGAAAUAAGGCUACUAUACUUUAACCAUGUGGCUUUGGAUAGUUGGAAUCAUUUCGUUAAUUGUGGCUGUUCGGGUCAUCUACCAACGACGGUCAGGGGUUUGUCCUUCGAAAAGACUAUUGUAUGGAAAAACUGCAAUAGUCACUGGUUCUUCGGCAGGUAUCGGGAAGGAGACAGCGAAAGACUUGGCCCGCAGAGGCGCUCGUGUCAUCCUCGCUUGCAGAAAUGUAGCGAAGGCGAAAAGAGUAGCAGACGACAUCAUCGGGACGACCGGGAACGGCCAAGUCUACGUCAAGCAACUGGACACCUCCGACCUCAACUCCGUCAGGAGGUUCGCGAAGGACAUCAUCGACAACGAAAAGCAGCUCCACAUUCUGGUAAAUAACGCUGGAAUGGCGGCUCCAAACCAAAAACAACUGACCUCUGAUGGCUUAGAACUAACGAUGGCAACAAAUCAUUUCGGACACUUCCUCUUGACCAACAUGCUCUUAGAUCUCCUGAAGAAAAGUGCACCAAGCAGAGUCGUCAACGUCUCCUCAAUUGCUCAUUCCUUUAGCAAGAAUUUCGUGGUAGAUGACCUGAAUUAUGAAAAGACACCAUAUCCUGGCUCAUCGGCCAGUUACGGACAUAGCAAAUUAGCUAAUGUUCUUUUCACUGUGGAACUGGCAGAGAGGAUGAAAGAUACAGGGGUGACAACGAACUGCCUUCACCCUGGAUUUGUAAACACCGAAAUCUUUUACAAACAAGGAGUUAAAAUAAUAAGCUUUCUGGUCGGAUUUCUCUUCGUACUGAUGGGCAAAGAUGAAGCGCUCGGUGCUCAAACCUCUAUCCAUUUAGCGGUGUCAGAAGAAGUGGAAAAAAUCUCCGGAGAAUACUUCGCUGACUGCAAGAUUUCACCAAGAUCGGAUCUGGCCAAAGAUCGAGGACUGGCCAAGAAACUUUGGGAGGUGAGCGAGACGCUAGUCAACCUUAGUCAGGAAGACCUCAAUUAUGGAAGAAAAUAGAAAUAACAAAAUAGGUAGUGUGACUCCUCUCUCGGGGGAGGGUUCCCAGGGCUAUUUCCCUAAAAAAAAAAAAAAAAAAAAAAAAGAAAAAAAAUUGUGGUAUUUGUGAGAGAAUAAUUUACUAUAGUAGAUUCACAUUAACCGUGCAUCUGAUGUCUAAGCCAGUCCCUUACGACGCUCCUGAUUGGCUGUUGAUAAGCCCUCAGGAGAAGUGGAACACACAUCCUGCCUAUGUGAACUUUGUCGAGAGACUGAGAGUUUCCAGCCUGUGACUGGCUUAUCAACAGCCAAUCAGGAGUGAAGUGAAUCUAUUAUAGCAAUUCUUGAUAAUAAUUGUAAAAAAAAAGCCAUUCAUUACAGAAAUGUCUAAAUAUAUUAUAGAUUUCUUCUCAUAAUUAUUACUUGACAGACAAGUCUUUUAACAUUUUUGUUGGAUCACCUGCGUAUGAAAUUUUCUUUGAACUUUGAUGACUGAUUUGUUUUACUCCCGAAUUACUUAAACCAUUUUGAUAAUUGUAUAUCGUAACAUGUGUAAAAGACAUUUUUAUAUACUCAUAUUUAUGUUCAGUAUCUGUAAAUGUAUUAAUAAUGGUUUUCUGUCCUCUGCAGUCCCAGACUCAUUUAACAAUAUCUAUAAUGAAUGUAUUUAUUUAUUAUUUUUUUUUUUACGAAUCAAUCAUAGAUGUACAUUCUUAUGCAUAAAAUUAUCAAACAUUUCUGUUGAAUUACUCCCAUCACGAUUAUUAUAAGAAUCAUUAAUUCCAUCCAGUUUAGUCUGGAAAUAUUAAUUUAUGAACGUAGUGCAGUUAAGUGUAAUGAAUCUGUUGUUUAUAAAUGAUGCGUUUUAGAUAAGGAUGGUUUAUGAAACUGUAAGCAGCCGCACAGAUUGAAGAGUUUGUCAUACAAACAAGGGACUAUAUUAUUGUAAUUAUAAUUAAUAUUCUUGCACAUUACUAUGCAUGUCUGUGUAUAACUUAAAUUGUAUUUGAAAUAAGAACUGAAGUUAAAGAAUGUAUUUGCAUGACUACAUAAAGAUUCACGUUUAUCAAA